CAUGGCGCGGCGGGCAGCCCCGGGGCGGCGCGCAGCCGCGUGCAGGUGCUGGGCGCCGCCAACUGGAGCCUGGUGCUGCGCGGCCAGUGGAUGGUGCAGUUCUAUGCCCCCUGGUGUUCAGCUUGUCAGCGGCUUGAAUCAACUUGGGAGGAUUUUGCAAAGGAAAGCGAACUUCUAGAUCUCGCUGUAGGGAAAGUGGAUGUCACGGAAGAACCAGGUUUGAGUGGCCGUUUCUUUGUCACAACACUUCCUACUAUUUACCAUGCAAAGGAUGGAGUAUUUCGCAGGUACCGUGGCUCAAGAACAUCAGAAGACCUUCAAGGCUAUAUUCUGGAGAGAAAAUGGGAGGCUGUAGAACCUGUAGCAGCAUGGAAAUCCCCUUCUUCUAUAAUGAUGAAUGGAAUGGCAGGACUUUUUCGCUUGUCUGGAUGGAUCAGGCAAAUUCACAGCUACUUCACAGACACUCUUGGAAUUCAUGUUUGGGGUUCUUAUGCAAUUUUCAUCUUGGCCACCUUAUUGAUUGGUUUAACCCUGGGCUUGAUCCUGGUUUUGAUAUCAGACUGUCUUUGCCCAGCCAAAUCAAGGUACAGAGAUGAAACCUCUGUGGAAGUGACUGAAAAGGAGAAUGUAGAGCACACUACUGGUGAAGAGCAGGAAGAGGCUGAAGAGCUUUCAGCAGAUGAGUUAGAAGAAGCUGAGAAUGAAAAGAAGGACCUUUCAGAUGGAGAAGAUGGGGCUCAUUCAAGUGCUGAUGGUUCAGAAGAAGACUCUGCAGUUGAUGAAGGGUCAGGGACAGAAGAGAUAGAAGACAUCUCUGAACAACUUCCAGCUGAUCCAGAGACCCAGAGCUCAGUAAGGCAGCGUAAAAGCCAGGAGGCUGAUAGCGGACCAUAGUUCCCUUGGUGGCAGUUUCCUUAAACGUGGACCAAAGAAGUAUCAGGCCUUUUGGUCUGCAGCUGAAGCUAAACACUUGGUGUAUGUUUUAUGUUUACAUUAAGCAAAACCUCUGUUCUGCCUGAGCAGGCUCUUUUCUUUCUGAAACCAGUACUUGUUCAUAAACUUCCAGUCCAGACUUUUUUUUAUAGAAUACAUUAGCCAUGACAAUCACUCAUAAGUAAAAUUUGAUAUGUUUAGAAAUGUAUGAGAGGAAGGGGAAAUGAACACUUGAACGAGGGACUUGCUGUUAAUGUUGAUACGAAUUUGAAUUCACUUACCUGCAUUAACUGGAAGUGCCCUGAAGUAGCUUAGUAGAAGUCUGACUCUUCCAUUUGAAGUAUUUAUUUUCCUCAAAUGUCAUGAGAACAGCAGCCACACCAUGAAGUAGCAAAAGGAGCACCUUAGUCAUCUUCCAUUAAAACCUCUUUGUCUGGUGGUUUUGUUUUCAUUGCUCUCAACUGAAGCACCUUUUUUUAUUGCAUUUUCUUUCUUUUGAAAGUUUAUUGUGAAAAUAUGCCACAGUGUUAUAACAGUGACUGGUUUUUGUGCUGUGCUUGAAGUGGGGCCCCAAAGCUUUUCAGAUCUUGAUUAUGUAUUCAGAGGCAUAACGCAGAAGUCAGACUUAUUUCAGAUGGUGGUUUUAAUACCCGAGGGGUUCAGAUAGUUGUCAUUGUCUCAUAACCCAAAUUGUUCUUUUGUUUUAGGAUUUUUUUGGACUGUGUGCUUAAUAUGACAAGCUUGAACCUCAGGAGUUCUAAAAAUAAAUAAAAUAGUGUAGUAAGAGGAUAAGAAGAGGGAAUUUUUGCCAAAGUGUAGCCUUUCAUUUUUUAAGAUAUUACCAUGAAAUAUAUUCCUUUCUAAACCAGUACACCCUAAAAGCUAGCCAUAUGCAGAGAACUGUAGGGUUUUUUUUUUGUUUUUGUUUUUUAUUUUUUGGCCAUUCCCAGUCCAGAGUAGUUCUUUGGCAGAAUUAGGACUACUUUAAUAUUAUUAACUAAAACGCUUCUCAUGGUUUUCCCCUUAGUGUGCUGGCUUUAGUGGCAGAAAUAGUGGAAAAAAACACACCAGGGAAUGAAAGAAAUAGCUUUUUGGUUGUACUCUUUUCUUUAAUCUAUCUGGGGCUGUUUUGAAUUGUGUAAAGUGAAAAUGGCUCUUAAGCUAAUUUGCUGACAGCCCCUCAUGCUUUGUAGUUUAUUCAGUAAAUCAUUUUUUUCCCUUGUUCCAGUUGGCUUGAUUUACAGUAAGGGAUUGAAUAUGAAAUCUUGAACGUUCCAAUUUUGGUAGUGUAUUGAUCAAGAUUGCAUAAGAAGCAAAGUUUUGAGGUUGUAUUCCCCCCCUCCCCUUUUAUUGCAUAAACCUGGUUAAGUAGCUUUGCUCCAUUUUCUUUUUCCAAGAAUAAAGAGCGUUUGCCUCCUUGUGUUAGACAAGGGAUAUUGCAUGUGCACAAAGGUCUCUUUUUUGAGCCUAGUCAGUUUUGGUCUUGAGUUGCUUGAUUCACUGAUAAUGCAAACUUUAUUCAGCAGAAAGCAAUCUUUCUACUGUCUUAAGUGGUUUCAAUACUUACUUGUGUAUGUUGUGUUCAUAGGGCCUGAUCUUGGAUUGUUCACAUCAGUGUAGUUACAACUGCUUUAUUGAAAUCUCGAGGGUAAAGAUCAGAUUUGGACCUGUACUUAAUUGUCUCCUUGACAGAAGUAUGGUCAAGUCAGGUAUUUAUGGUAUUCUGACAACCAUGAAGAUUAAUUACCUUUAUUGUUUAACUUUUUGGAUUUGUACAUGGAUUUGGAGAAGAUUUAUUAAGCAGUUAUGGGAGUAAAUAUUUUGUUGCAGUGCUCUGAAAUGAGAGAUGAUGAAUGAGAAUGAGAGCAGAUGGCCUGACUUGUCUGGAGACAAUCCCCUAAACUUCUGUAGUGCAGCUGAGGUCUCCUGUUUUUAAUGGGACAUAGUUGACGUAAAUCACAUUUGCUAUCAGGCAGGGAAAAACUUAGCACACUUAGCAGAACUCUAUAUACUGUCCUUCCCUUCCCUCCCCCCCACACAGUGCAGUAAGUUUCUCUUAUCUCCGUGUGAGUUGCUAAAGCAGGAAAAGAACAUUUAAAAAAUAGGAAAAAAAUGAGUGGGAGCAUGAGGUUCCCCAACAAGUGUAAGUCGUAUGAGGUGCGAGCUAUCCAUGUUAGACUGUCAAAUAGGCCUGGCAAAGAUCUAAAGCUUAAAGGUGGCUUCCUAGAGCCAUCUUUUAGGCUUAAAGGUUGAUGUUUUUUUAAAAUUCAGAGCAUACAAGACCUCCCUGUGUCUUUAAAAAAAAAUGCUAUAUGUACCAACUCAUUGAUCUGUUUCUAAUUGAGGUGCUUAAAGCUGAACCUGAAUUCAGGCACCUAUUUUUGAAAAUCCAGGCUUGGAAGUGUAAGUUAUCCCUUACAAGGUUAUCCCAUUUCUUAACAUCAGUGUCCACAUUAGUUAUUAAAUCUUAAGUGGGGAGUACUAUCACUAUACAGGUGUAAGUAUUACAGGGUAUCAUGAGAGCCACCAGAAACUUGCAUGUAGUUCUUGGAACUCUUUCUCUCUCUUUCUGCUCACAAAACUCUCAAUAAAGUAAAGGGGCAUUUUUGCAUGUCAUUGUUGGAGGGUUAGGGGGCAGAUGGGGUGCUGGUCUACUAAGAGUUCAGUGAAAAUCCAAUCUGGAUGAAAAUAUGUAAAAUCUCUGUUUCAUGUGGUGUAAUGCAAGGGGGAAACUUAUUCUUGAAUGGCAAGCCUUUAAGCACAUACUGUGAUUUCAAUAUUGAUCUCUUAAAUUGAAAGGGUUUUUUUUUAAAAGUACUGAUUAUUUUUAUUUUCACAAUGUUACACCAAUGUUCACAUCCCCAUCAUCUGUAAUAAUGCUACUUUUGUAUGUCAAUGUUAGGUAGAAUGCUGUAAUAAAACAUGAAUGAUUCUUGGGUCAUGGAGGAAAUCUAUUGUUUGGCUAAAGUUAGAAGGGAUAUUAUUAAAGGGGCAUUAUAAAGGGCAAAUUUCUCCUUGAUGAGAGAAAAAAGGUGUGCUCGUUGUGCAAUAAUAAAAAUGUGUUGGUAUGAGCCCUGCAGGAUUUAUGCUCUUUCACUGAAAAAAUACCUUGUUUGUCAGUCUUGAAAUUGCAUGAGUAUAGUGCUGUAGUGCUGUUUACAACAGUAUUAACCUUGCACUGUUACUGCAUUAUCCAAAGGGUUGACACCUGCCAUUUGUGCUAACUCAAAAUAUUGUUGGCAUCAACUCUGUUCUCUGUUUUGAGUCAUUUGGGGGGUUUUUUAUUUUGUUUUUUUUCCUGAGGCACAGUUUGCCCUGAGUGUUGAAUAUAGACAGAAUGCCUUUUAACGAGAAGCUGUUCUUCUCACAGUUGGCUGAAAAUGUUUGUUAGGUUUAAUGUAGUGCUCUUAAGUCUUGAGGAUGAGAUCCAGAUUUUCAAAAGUGACUGAUGGUUUCUGAAUGCCCAACUUUCAGAAGUUGAGGGUUCAUUGCCUUUUGGGCCUCCUUACGAUACUUCACCAUAAAUCUCUCCCCCCAAAAUUGAGGCAUCUAAAAAAAAAAAACAGUAAGUCACUUGUGAAAAAUUUAAGCCUACAUUGAGCACAAAUGAGGCUGUUCUACUUUUGCUUGUAUUUCUCAAAGUUUUGAGUGAAAAUACAAAGCUGCAUGUAAGUCUUAGAAUACCCUGUCUAGGUUAUAACCGUGUUUAACAAUGUUUGUUGUUUAUAUGGCUUUUUUCAUUGAAAUGUUAUGCAAAGUUAUCUUUUUAUACUAAAAGCUCUGCAGAUUUAUGCUAUGGUAUUUGUACUGGAAUUGCAUAUAAAUUUUGUAUUUAUAACCUU